GGCUGGAGCUCAUUCUACAGUUUGCUUCCAAUCCGGACACAUCUACCACAUAGAUGCAUUACAACAGCGAAUAAAAGUGAAAUUUCUAAAUUGCAAGUGGUUCUGCCAAAGGUUCAAAUUGAGACCCUUCCCCGAGACACCUUCCAGCGAAGGCAGUGAUAUACUUUUCGACGGAGUCCAGGCACUAGCGACGCAUUUCCCAGGACACAGUUGCCAGGACACUUUCCACAGGACACCCCACACACGAUCUCCGCGACAAGUGCGGGAGUCCCAUCAGCACAAGAGACAUGCUGCCGUUCGUUCCCUUCAACCUUGAGCAGGAUCCACUUGAGGCCAUGCUGGAGGAGCUCAUCGCCCAGUUCAGGGCCCUGAAUCUGGCGGGUCUUGCCCCCGACGGCCAAGACGCCCAUGGGAAUGUGAUCUACAGGAACGGCUAUGUGCUCCACAGGAACAGAAACGACCCGCCCAACGGGAAUGGGAAUGUCCUUGAUGGGAAUGGAAAUGGAAAUGGAAGUGUAAAUGGAGGUGGACAUGCAGAUGGCCCCGACAUGUAUGGCCCUCCCCGCAACCCCUUCUACGACGCUGCCCUCGAAGACCCCGCCUUCGAUGGGUACCUGAUUGAAAAUAUAUUUAACGUGGAUAUCAAUGUCUUCUUUGCCGGGGCAGGAGAGCCGGAUGGCUCCAACCAAGCUAGCAACCUCAGCACAGGCAGCGAUGCCGGCAGCAGGGUCUUGAAUGCUCCUGGAAGCAACGAUCAGAUCAGCCGGUUUCGCAUUGUUCAUGACUUCGAAGACCCCCCUCCGCGCCGGCGUCGUGGGCGAACGCCAAUCGUACCACGGAUGGCCACGGCAGAACACACCCGCGGCUCCCCACCAGAAACCGACCAGAACCAGGAAUCCCGCUACGAGGAGUUCCACAGAAGCUACAUGGAGAUCCAACGCCUCCAGCGCUUGUUCAUGAACCGGCAUGCCAGGAUCUCGACCAGGAGCCGUCGCGAGCCAGCCCCUAACUUCGACCUAACCGCGCUGUCGACCACGUCCUCCUCAGACGAGAUUCUACCUACCCCGGCAGGCACCACCAGCCCAGCAGCCCCCGCAGACAGAGCUGCCGAAGCAGCCAUACCCCCAGCAGCCGUGCCCGGAGCAGCCCACUCGGCAGCCGCCGCCCCUGAAGCUUCCUUCUCCGGAGCACCGACAGCCGGAAAUUUUGUAGACGGGGCAGCUGUCCCCGAAGUGGUUGGAGACCCCGCAGCCCAGGCACAGGCCCCUGCUCAGAACAAUCGUCGCCGCCGUCACCGCCGUCCGCGCCGCCCGCUAGUGCAGGAGCAGGACGAGCCCUUUCACGACGCGUCCCGGAAUCUCUACGAGAACAAUGACCCCAACAGCUCUGCGUUCUACGGAUACAUGUACCGGAGGCGCUUCCACUAGAGGAUCCCUUGAGCAAGGACGUUCUUGAUCUGCUGAGAAACAAAACACGAAACCCGAAAAAAACAACUAAAAAGAUGAAAAGUCAAAAAACAAGGACAUGUACAAGGAAGAUGCUCGUUAAAUUCAAAAAGGAUUAAGAGGCCCGGAGACCGCCACACCCUUGGCAGGACGCUGGCAGGAGCCCGGGAUUUCUAUUGUUGUUGCAUCUUUGGCUUUAACUGGACCGCGGUAGUGCUCCACUGCCCUCGAGGAGUUCCCUUCGUAUAUUUAUAUAUUUCUGACAAAAUUUCGUUAAAUUCCAAAGCCUCCUAGUUACCUUCCCAAUUUUAUUUCGAUUAAAAGUUUUGGAAAGCGAGA